AUGCUCGUCGUCAAUCUUGCCGGGCUUGCCCUCUUGGCCAUCUUCGGCCAGACUACUCUCGCCGCUCCUGCCGUUAAUGUUGCUGCCGCCCGUGAUCCUUCCCAAGACUUCAUGGCCGGCGUCGACACCAGCACUUGGGUCUCGGUCCAGUUCCACGGCAAAACCAUCACCUACAACCCCGACGCCCUCGUCGUCAAUGCCACCGUAGCCUCCACCUCCGAAACCUCGGCUAAGCGUUCUGUACUCCACAAGCGAGGUCCCUGCAUCGGCGGCAGCAACGAGGAUUGUUGUGGCGGGAGCUCGUUCAGUGGCACUCCUGCCCCUUGGGCGUGGACAAGCGACUGCGCCGCCAUCCGUGAUUGGGCGUACAACCAGCACACUACGUUCAACGUCCAUGGCAUAACGGGCGACUACUACGGCAUCGUCUUCGCUGGGAGCUGUGCGUUUGGAGCAGGGACCUGGAACUGGUAUACUACUUACAUGGGGUCCACGGAUAUCGGUGACUUGACUAGGGAUGGUAUCAAUAUGUUUGCGGGUUCCAACGGGCAAGUCGGAGCCCAAGGGUCUAUGAAAUGCUCCAAUUCAGCAUUCUCCGACCCGAGCUCGGGGUCAGAUGUUUUCUGGAAGCUUCAGUGCAACGGCUGUUGA